AGAAGAGUGCUGGAAAUCUUGCUGAUUUAGUGCAAUAAGUGUGGACAGAGCUCUGAGCAACAAACGAUAAUUCUUUUGCCAUGGCAAGCAAUGCAGAUUUGAGCGGAGAUUCUGAGCGAGAGUAUCAACUUGGUUAUGAUGCAACAUUUAACCCCCCUUUGGAGAGGAAGUAUGUUUGCCCCAUAUGCUUGGCAGCGCUGCGGGAAGCUGUGCAGACAACGUGUGGUCAUCGCUUCUGUAGUUAUUGUGUCUACACUGUAGCAAGCGGCCAGAACUACAUGAGGUGCCCAGUGGACAACAAGUGGUUGAGUACAAAUGCUGAGAUAUUUCCUGAUGUGGCUGUACGUCGUGAGGUGUUGUCUUUGUAUGUGGAGUGUGAAAACAGACGCCUGGGUUGUCGCUGGAAGGGGGAACUCCGAGAACUGGAGUCACACAUGUCGGUGUGUACCUACAUCCUGACCCCGUGUACCAAUGACUGUGGGGAAAUGGUCAAUACAGACCACCUUAACGAACACCUGAAGGUGUGCAGCCGCCGCCUGGUGCUUUGCCAGCACUGCCAGACUCAGGUCGUCUACUCAGACAUGACGAAGCACCAGGUUCUGAUCUGCAAGAAAUUUCCAGUCAAGUGCACAUUGUGUGGCAAAAUGGGAAUAAAUAGAGAGGAUAUCCCCAAGCAUGUGGACAGUUCCACAGGGGAUUGUCCCCAGUCCAUGGUGCUCUGCAAAUACACGGAGAUGGGCUGUACUGCCAAGGACACUCGUCAAAAGUUGCCAGCUCAUUAUCAGGAACAGACAGAUUUCCACCUGAACCUGUUAGUGACCAAGCUGUCACAGUAUGAACAGAAGAUGGGGGCGAUGGAGCAGAAAAUAGCAUCUCUCAGCCAGAAUGUGAUGAGCCCAUCAGCUCACAGCUCAAGGUUGCUGUUACAUGAAGGUGACAAUCUACACGAGCGUUCCAUGCAUGCGGGCGGUCAGCUGUACUGGCGACUAGACCUGACCGAGAUGAGUGACGGGUUACGGAGAAGCCCCGCCUUCUUCACAGGUUUCCCUGGUUACAAGCUAAGUGUGUGCCUGGACAUGAACGGGUUUGUGGAGGGGGAGACAGGUGUGGACUACACCUGCUUGUGCGUGGAACUACAUCCUGGUGAGUUUGAUGACUCACUCACAUUCCCAGUGAGCGGUGUCUGCACCGUGACGCUGUUGAACCAAUCAGGAAGUGCGUCACCAGACAACCACACGUCCACAUUCACUUGCAUGGAUCUAGAACAUGCGGAGGGCAGAGAGUGCAGCGUGAGAAGCUUCCUACCCAGGGACGAUCUGUUCAAGUUCUGCAGGAACAGGAUACUCUACUUUGAUAUCAACUUUACAGUUCUCUAUCCAAAUGCAUAA